AUGACUGAUUUACACGAUGAAGAAAAUGAGAUUGAAGUUUAUCUUUUAUUCAAAGCUCUACAUCAAAAUUCUUAUUUUCCCGAUCGACAUAUCACCCAUCAUAUCUUAUUACUCAAAUCACGACGUGAUAAUGAAUUUUAUUAUACAGAUUUAGACUCGUCUAAUUUUGGAUUUGGAACGAUCAAAAUCAUCUUUGGUCCUUACAAAUUUUAUCCACAGAAAACGAUUUACUAUCAACCACUCGGUAUUUGUCGGAAAAGAACUAUCGAAGAAAUCAAACUAUUCGCCGAACAAAGUAAUCUGAACGGACAAAGGUUUUCCAUGUUCAAACAGAACUGUCAACAUUAUGUUUCAUCAUGUGUCGAAUUUAUGAAACUUGAUAAAAGUGAACUACUAAAUAAUAAUGUAUAUUGGUCAAAAGAUUCGCAAGGUAUCACGUUAAAACCGUUACCGACAACACAAGCGUUGCCGUUAAAGACUCUAACAUGUUUCACGAUUAUGUUUUAUAUUUUCUUGAGAUUUUAUUUGUCACAUUCAUGA